GUGCACAAAGGCAGGCUUAUCGCGAUAAGAAAGCAUCUGGAAAUUUGACUCCAGUGAGGGACCGAUAUCGUCAGCGAGCACCUCAGUAUCGUGCCGACGGAAUCCACAGCCGGCUUCGCCAGUGUCCUUCUUGCCAGUUUCAAGUUGUUGAGACUGCUUGGUUUCUUGUCCAACUGAAAAGCCCACUGGAGGCAGCGUCAAGGCCAAUGCGCUCAUAGUGCUUCUGAAUAUAUACCACCACAAAGCUUCCACACAUGGCAGAAUCAACACCACCAGCGCAGCCGGCGGCUGAGGUGGCCGAGAAAGCUGCCAAAGCUCCCGAAAGAAACCGGGCCCUCCGCAUGCUGGGCCUCCCCGCCCUCCCAAAGAAGCUCCCUUCCCGAAACUGGAUGAUCUUCUGGACCCUUUCCACCGCCAUAACUGCCGGCAUCAUCUACGACAAACGCGAGAAGAAACGAGCCAUCGCGAAAUGGAGACACGCCGUCGAGCACCUCGCCAAGGAGCCCUUGCCUAGCCACAAUGCCCUCUCCGAGCUCCGCAAGAUCACCAUCUAUCUCUCCGCCCCCCCCGGCGACGGCCUCCGCACCGCCCAAGACCACUACACCGAGUAUGUCAAGCCCAUCCUCGCCGCCUCCGGCCUCGACUGGGAGUUUGUCCAAGGCCGACGAGACGGCGACGUCCGCGCCUACACUGCCGAGAAGAUCCGCCGCCACCGCAAGCAAGUCGACUCCGGCGAGGUUGAGCCCGAGCUCCCUGACGAGCCCACAAAGGAGGAAAUCAUCGCUGCUCACCGCAAGAUCCGCGGGAUUAAAGACUACGACGGUAUCAAAGGCGACAUCGUCAUUGGCAGGCACACAUGGAAGGAAUACCUCAGAGGAUUACACGAAGGCUGGCUCGGUCCCUUAACCGCCCCUCCACUCCCCAUCCCAGAACCACUCCCCACAGCCGAAUCCGACAGCGAGAAGUCAGAAGAGGACAAGAAGAAGGAAGAGGAGGAAAAGAAGAAAGAGGAGGAAUCCAAACCCAAGCGACCGCCUCAACCCCGCCCCUACAACACACCAGCCGAUUACCCCUCCUCCCCCCUCCCAUCUUCCAUCCCCAAUGAAUUCUCCCCCGUCGCUCCGGUGAGGGAACCUCACCUGUUAGGCUUCCUCUCCACGCCAACCCGUCUGUACCGUUUCUUCAACCGCCGGCACCUCGCCGAUGAAAUCGGCCGUGAUGUCGCCGCAGUCUGCCUGGCUCACUACCGCUAUUUCUCUGAACAAUCGGGAGAGGAUCAGAAAUACGAGCAAGAAGAGGUGUUGGCCUUUGAGGAGAAGGACUGGAUCAAAUCUCUCUGGAAAGAGGCUGGGGAUGAACCUGAGCAUGUCAAGGAGCGGGAAAAGGCUGGUAUCACAGAGGUUGUCAGGGCCAGGCCGCUUGUUCUGGACCCUAGAAUCGCCGAGCGGAUGAGGAGGUUCGAGUUGUCAAAGGAGGAUGUGGAGAGGGUGGCCAAGAUUGUGGUACCUGAGGAGGAGAUUGAGGGUUGGACAAAGGGGAAGUUUAGGCAGUUGUAUCGAUGGGGAAAGGGGAAGGUUAUGGGAGAGGAAAAGAGGAGUAAUGUUGAGGAUGUGGACUAAUGUUUGAUGACCAGACUCAAUGCUGGAGGGAGGACGUAUUGUACCUAGCGUGUAACAUUAGCUUUUGUGGGGAGUUGUGUAUACUAUGGUGUCAUGGCGAUACAUACCUGAUGGGGAAAACGGCUAUAGAUUUGAGGAGGAUGUUAUUUGGAAGGCAAGACAGGACAGACAGCAUUUGGGCGGCGGUUUGGGGGGGCCUUUGGGUUGUUUGGCUUUGGUUGGUGUUGGUGUUAUUGCGAUGUUAAACCCCCUUCAAUGCUACAAGAUACGUACAGCACCACUUCUUCUCCCGAUUGUAUUCCAGUUAUCCAUUCAUACUGAAACGUGGUGCUGCUUAAUUUAGGCAGGGCCAACUUAGUGUCGUGUAUGGCAACGAGUUGGGGCUCUUGUUGGUCUGUUUUUGGGUUUUGUAGCGCCAUGGCACGUGGCACAUGGGGCUGCUGUCCGUCAGUGUGAUGUUGCGAAGACCCCAGAUCGUGUCAUCCCCAACCGCCGAUGUAGGCGUACGCAGAGCUGAGUCUUGAGAAACCUCAAAUUGACCUCUCACUCAUCGCUAUCAGAGCCAUAAUCCACCAGACCACCAGCCGCCUUCUUGGCCGAAACCGCUGGCGCUUCUGCUGGUUUUGGAACUGAAGCGGCUGCUGCAGCCUUGUCCACCACCACCUCUGUCGCCUUCUUAUCGCCACCAGAGCCACCACCCGGCUUCCCGGCCGGCGACCCUUCAGUAUCAUCCAUCUUCUCCUCCCUCUUAACCUUCUUGACCAACAACCUCCUCCCCUCCGCCCUCCGCUUCCUCCUCCUCCCCCCCUCCCCCCCAAAAUCCCACCCCUCCACCUCCACCUCCUCCUCCUCACCCUCCCCCUUCUCCCUAGACGAUUUGAUCUCCCUAAACGCCCUCAACCCUUCCUCCUCCUCCCUCCUCCUCCUUUCCUCCUCCUCCCUCCUCCGGCGCUCAACCUCAUCCAGAAAAUCAAUCUCGUCCUCAUCCAAAGCCCUAAACUGAUUCUUCAGCUUGUUCUUCUCCUCAAACUCGGCCUGCUUGGCCGCUUUGUUCGCCUGGAGAACCUCGUACAGGCUCUUCUCCCCUCCCUCCUGCGCUUGCUUCGCCUGGAGGAUCCGUCUCUGGCGGUCGGAUUCCAGCUGCUGGGUGACUUCUGCCCAUUCCUUUGACUUUUGGCUCACGGGUAGUGGCUGCUGCUGUUGGGAGUCGGAUGGGCCGGCGUGUUCGGUGGUGGCUUCGCCCGUGGUGGCGUCUAUUGAGCCGGCUGAGACGAAGCGGGAGGACAUGAUGGAGGGUGAAGUUGCGGUGAGAAAAAGAUGAAGUUAGUAUGAAUUGGGAUGUAAUGUUAAACAACUGAAUUGAAAAACAACAGCAGCUUCCAGAAU